AACCGCACGGUGGGGUGUGUGAACAAUUGUACAGUCUUAUACACACACACACACACACAAAGACACGGUUCAACACACGUUUCUCACCAGUCUCUUCAGUCUCGUACAGCAGAGAAGACAGACUCGUCCUCCACCAGCCGCUUCUGGAAACACCAACAAAAAACACGCAACCAUGGGGAAAGGAUGCAUCACCGUCACCAAGUACUUUUUAUUCCUCUUCAACCUCCUCUUCUUCAUCUUCGGAGCGUUGAUAAUGGGCUUCGGGCUGUGGGUCCUCUUUGAUAACCAGAGCUUCAUUGCCGUUCUACAGGAAUCGUCGGACACCGUGAAAGUGGCUUCGUACAUCCUGAUCGGAGUCGGCUCCCUCUCGAUGGCCAUGGGCUUCUUCGGCUGCAUAGGGGCCAUCUACGAAAUCCGCUGCCUGCUGGGCCUGUACUUCACCUGCCUGCUGCUCAUCCUCGUUGCCCAGGUCACGGCUGGAGUUCUCAUCUAUUUCCAGAGGGACCGGCUGAAAUACGAGAUGUCCAACAUCAUUAAGGGCAUGAUAAUCAACUACACCGGCCAGAACAAGACCACGGAGCACACCUGGGACUACAUUCAGAGGACUAUGAAAUGCUGUGGAUGGACGGGUCCGGGAAACUGGUCCGAGAACCUCUGGAUCAAGAACAGCACCCAGAAACUGUACUCGUGCUCGUGUCGCAAUGACACCCUGCCUGGCACCCACAUAGAGCAAGUCGGCCUGUGCGAGUACCUGGCCCAAGACCCCCCUGUCUAUGAAACGGGCUGCGCAACCAACGUGGAAAAGUGGCUCCUGGACAACUGCGGGAUUAUUCUGGGAAUCUGUGUCGGUGUGGCGGUCGUGGAGCUCCUCGGCAUGAUCCUCUCCAUGUGUCUGUGCAAGAGCGUCGUCCAGGAGGAUUACACCAAAGUGCCGAAGUACUGAGCUGAGGACGGAGCCAGCAUCGCAUCUCACACACACAGAUGGACGGACUCUCCCCCUCUCUCUCUCUUUCUCUCUCUCCUCGCCUCACAUUCCUGCACACACACACACACACACACACACACCACACACACAGACGAAUUAAGACAGCUGUCUGCACCAUUUGAGCUUCCCAGGUCUUCACAGCUGUGCAAAUUUCUCACGCCCCAUAUGUCCCACAGAGUCACAAACACACACACACCUCUUAGUCAGGCCUGACACACUUGUUGGACAUAAGUUGAUCUUUUUUCUUUUUUUUUUGUCUUAUCCCUUGUGUUAUUUUAAGAAGACAUUCAUGAUACUGUGUGUGAAAGCUUCAAGAUUUUAAUGUCUUUUUUUUUCUUUUUUGCUAUUGGCUGACCUCAAUCAAGCGCUUAUAAUCGUGGUAUGUAGAGAGCACUUUAAGUGAUAUGUGGUGAGCUGAGAGCCGGAGCAUCUUUUGACUCCGAGGUAGGGAGAUGAGAGGGAAACAGGAGGGAGGGUGUGUGUGUGUGUGUGUGUGUGUGUGUGCGUCUGCACGGUCGACCCUCUGAAGGAUUAAAGCCACUCUGUGAUCCUGCAGCUGGUAUUUUUGGUGCAGAGGGUGGAGGAAAGGCCCAGGGCAGGGCUGCUGCGGUGGGCGUUUUUGCUCCUACCACCAGUAGCCCUGGUAUUAACCUCUUUAACGCUCGCCACCAUUACCUCCUCCUCCCUCCUGCUAUCCGUCCCCCAUUAGCAUCUCUAAAUCACGUCUUCCUCUUUGCUGUGUACGACUGGUAACCAGUAGCCCUUCAAAACAACCGGGUCUGUUUGAAGUAAGUGUGUAUGAUGUGUUGAGUGAGUAUUUUAUUUCAUUUUUUUUUUUUUUUUAUAUAUAUAUAUAUAUUCUCAUGACAUCUGUAUUUUUUUUUUCUUUUACAACUGUAUAUAUGACUUCUGUGAGGGAGCAGAGCACUUUAGUGCUUCGUCAGCAUUUUGUAUGGGAACGCUUUCACCCACAUAUGCUCUUGUUUUAAGAGUCCUAUUGUUCUAUGUUUCGUCUCUGUUGUUGCGGCUGCCACAGCAGCUUGUCAGCGCAAUUUUUGUCGUAUUCAGAGAAAUUGGAAACCUUGAGAAAGUCUGUCGUCACCCUUAAAGCCAUGUUUUCAUUUCUUUAGCGUGGAUGGAAGGAGCUCCACGAGAAAACGGGCUGCAGUGUCAGCCCCGAAUAUCUGCAUCUUAAGCUUCUCACACGGACAUUUAUUUUAAAAAGGUUUGUUUUUACCCUCAUAGCAGUAAUGUUUAAAAAUGGCAGCUGGGUAACCACAGUGUAUUUUCCCGUCUCUGACUGACUUACUGAAGUAAUUUGUCUGGUUUUUGUUGUAAGUUGCAAAAGCAGAGAAUUCCUUCAACCACUGUGACCACGGCCUCAUUCUUCUCUAAUCUUCCCUAAAAGCAUUUCCAUUUCCUCAUCCCAUUUAUUAGCCAUCUCUUUAUCUUAGUCCUUCAAUUUCAUUCCGAAUACACUAUUACAGCUGAAUUUAUGGAUUAUUUAGUGGGUAGAUUGCACUUUUGCGUAGUUUUCCGUGCCUCUCACACGAGUCCUCAGAUCGCAUUCGUCGUGCUGCAGUCGCAGAAAGCGAGGAAAGUGACAAAUAGCAAGGCUCCUUUUUUAUGAAACCUUAAUUUAAACUUGAUAAUGAAGACUUUUUUAUUGUUUAAAAUAUUUUGUACACUUUUACAAAAGUUAGAUUAGUAGAGAACAAUAUUUGUGAACCUGUAAGCCAUUUUUAGAAACAUUUUUUUUUCUCUUUAUUACUGAGACUAUUAAUAAAUCUGAACAACUAGAAUCCUUUAACCUCUUUUAUGUACUGCUUUGAACUUUGGUACCAACAGGACUUGUUCACAUAAAGACUGAUAUUCUGUGA